GUUAACAUUUCAAAACCUCCAUCAAAUCUGCCCAAAAUGCCUUUCACCGCUUCCCUUCACCCUGUCGCCCUGUCACCCUGUCGCCCUGUCACUCCUGUUACCCUCACUCCCUCACUCCCAUAUACUAAUAUUGCCAAUAGUGACAUUUGCAAGAUCAUCUUUGCCAUUAUCCUGCCUCCUCUGGGUGUCUUCCUGGAGCGCGGAUGUGGUGCUGAUUUCCUGAUCAACAUCCUAUUGACCAUUCUGGGAUGGAUCCCCGGUGUCAUCCACGCCAUGUAUCUACAUUAUCUUCAAAUACUAGAGAUACCCACCUCCCACACAACCUCGCAACCAACGCUCUCCAAGAUUAAUCUCCCUUGA